CCGGCCUAUCUACGGGAAAGAGACGGGAAGUGCGUGAAAUCUCGCGAUACUCACAGGAGGAGCAGUGAGGAUGAGUGCGAUGUUCCGCUGAAAGCUGCUUAGUAGCGCGUUCGACGCUUCCUUGCGCGAUGCGAACUGUUCGAUCCUAGUUAUCAGCAUGAAUUGUAAGUAAACGCAUCCAGCCGUCAGUAGAUAUCAGUAAUGGAGGUGAAUUCGGGCUGUCCGUCUCCUAAAGAGGAGGGCGAGCUGGAGGACGGGGAAAUCUUCGACGACGAGCCGCAGAGGCAGCGGCAGAACGCGCGGCCUCCGCGACGCGCACGCCCCGGCCGACCCAUAAUGAACAGGAGAGCGCGUUUACCGGGACCCAUGCUCAACAACAGCGCUCCGGUGCCGCUGAGAGCCGUUCAUCCGCCCUUCCCCUCCGGCCUCCGGCAGGGGUUCGAAUCGGCGCCGCGCUCCGGCUUCUGGGAGCGCAGUCACGGCGCGCUGGGCCGCUUCAGGUAUCGCGCACACCGCCCGCCGGACUGGACGCGAGACUGGACGGAGCGAUUUCCGGACAAUCACGGCUGCAGAAACGACUCGCCCAACAGAAAACAGAAAGCGGGCAGAUGUCAGACGCGGAGGCCGGCGAACAACGCCCUCAAAGCCGAGACCACGGACGAGAGCUUUGAGGAUCUGCUGCUGAAGUACAAACAGAUCCAGCUGGAGCUAGAAUGCAUCCGGAAGGAGGAACGAAUGGCCCUGAAAGACGAGGACGAGCCGCCGGGUCGCUGCUCGCCGGCCGCCGACCCCGUCCCGCCGCCCGAGGCGCUGGAGGAGCCCGUCUCUGCUGUGAAGGAGGAGAAAAAAGUGUUUCAGGCGUUCAACAUCAGACCCCUCAGACAGAAGCUUCUGACGCCCGCCGAAAGAGACGCUCUCAACAGCAGAACCGCGCAGGACGUGCAGAGGCCGGACGGCGACGAAGGGGAGAACGACGGAAAUCAAGAUGACGGUGUGAAGGGUGAGGAGUCAGAAUCGGACCUCAACAUCUCCGCUGUGAGUGACGAGACUCCCGUCGUCCACGUCAAGAAGGAGGACGAGGACGACCUGUCGGAGCUGCAGCUGCGUCUCUUGGCUCUGCAGUCGGCCAGCAGGAGGUGGCAGCAGAAGGAGCAGCAGGUGUUGAAGGAGAGCAAGGAGAAGAUCACCAAAGCCGUUAAAGUGUCUCAGGACAAGAGCGAGUCUCCGUGCGACAGGAACAAGACGGGCGUCAGAGGAGGCGCGGCGUGCAGGUCGCAGGAGAGGGCGAGAGUUGCCAAACCCGCUCCGGACAAGAGCAAAGCGGCAGGCAGAGCGAAGAAACCGGCCCACCUGACCAAGCAGGCGUGGAGGAAACAGCAGCUGCGCACGUGGAAACUGCAGCAGCAGAGACAGCAGGAGGAGCAGAGGAACAAGCAGGAGGAGGAGGAGGAGAGGAGGAAGAGAGAGGACGAGAUUCGCAAGAUCAGAGACCUGUCCAAUCAGGACGAGCAGUACAACCGCUUCAUGAAGCUAGUGGGCUCCAAACAUCGCUCCCGCAGCAAGUCUACAGACGCUGAUCAGAGGAAACUGGCCAAACAGAGUCUGGACACGUCGGGAAAUCUCUACCAGUACGAUAACUACGACGAGGUGGCUAUGGACACGGACAGUGAAACCAACUCUCCAGCCACGUCACCGACGCACGACGCGCUGCCUUGGUUUCCUCUGGAAUCGACACCUUACAGACAGGGUGUGGGGCAGCACUACCUGCAGCAGAUGGAGUUUGUGCGCUUGACUCCUCCGCCCCCCUUGCCUCCGAUGCCGCCCCCAGAUGAAGCGGAGCAGCCGCCGAAGCCGCCGUUUGCUGAUGAGGAAGAGGAAGAGGAGAUGCUGCUGAGAGAAGAGCUGCUCAAGUCCCUGGCCAGCAAACGAGCCGUUAAAGCAGAGGACGCGUGCAGCAGCAGCGGGCCGCCCUCUCCGGCUCUCAGACCCGUGGCUCAGCCCAACACCAGGAGCAACCUCACGGCCGUCAGUCUCAACACCGUCAUCUCUCACGCAAGGGCGCUCAAGUUCGUACGGGGACAGCCGGCCCCCAAAGCCCCGUUUGUGUUGCCUCGACACAAGGCUGUGGUGGUGCGUCUGAACGCGUCGGACGACAGCGACUCUGACGGCGAGAGCUGCGGCCCCGCUCAGAGCAUGUUUGGAGGACUGGAGUCCAUGAUUAAAGAAGCUCGGAGGACAGUCGAGGCUGCCAAACCGAAGCACUCCGUGUCAGAGAAGGAGAACAACCCAGUGAAGAGCGCAGAAGCACUUCCUGACGCCAAGAAGAUGGAUCGCCUGCUCAGAGACGACAUGGCCAGUUUGGAGAGGCAGAGACCAGGCCGGCUGGAGUUGGUGAUGGGCGUCCCGUCUCCUGCGGGCUCAGACUCUGAGCUGGACCUCCUGGGAAGAGCAGUGGAUCUGCAGGAGAAGUUUAAUCAGCACAAAGCGCAGCUGUGUAAAGACGAGGCUCUGCUGAAGCAGCUCCUGCAACAGGAAGUGAAGAAGAAAGAGUCUCUGAAAGCAGCCGAGGGGAAGGUGACGCGACUCAAAGAGCAGCUGCUGGCGUCAGAGAAGAUCGUGAGUGCCAACAGAGUCCUGCUGAAGAAACUGCAGGAGCAGGUUCAGAGAGUUCAGCACCGUGUGAGCGUGAAGAAGCAGCAGUCUGUGAGGCUGGAGAGAGAUCUGUCUCAGGCGCAGGCCGCCGCAGCUCCAGCCGCGCUCAAACGAGGCUCGUCGGCCGCCAUCUACUCCCCGGUGAAGGUUCGGCGCGUGGACCGCUCGGACGCGCAUUACGCGGAGCUCAUCGCUCAGAAGCGGCGCCUGCAGCAGCUGGAGUCUGAAUACGCCCUCAAGAUUCAGAAACUCAAAGAGGCCCAGGCGUUACGGCAAGCCGAGCCUCGGCCCGCGGCCCCGCAGACGCCCGGCGCGCUGUACCCGUUACCGCAGCCCUCGCUGCACGACCUCACCCAGGACAAGCUCACCCUGUCCAAUGAGGACGUGGAGGCCGAGGAGGAUGAGCAGCAGCAGCAGCAGAUUCCCGCUCCGGUGACGCCCAAUACCCGCCGGCGGUCGUUCCGAGAGUCCGGUUCCUUCACCAAACCCAAACUGUGCCAUCUGGAGACGCCCGCCGCUUCGCCCGUGCCCGUCAAACAGGCUAAAGCGGCGUCCUGCAGCGCGGCCGGUCUGCCAGAGCUGCUGCUGGGGCUCAACGUGGAGGAUCUGCGGCAGCGCUACCAGCGGUGUGUCGGCCUCUCUGAGCUCCUGCAGGAGGAGAUGCGCUCGCUCAGCAGCGGCGCGGAGGACGGCGGGGCUGUCGGGAAGCUCGUGCAGGUGGACUUCGAUCCGAUGGCAGCGCAUCAGAGCAGAGCCGAGCCAAAACCAGAAUCGUUUGGACCAUAUCACAGUCCUUUACUAGUGUUCAAAUCAUACAGGUUCAGCCCGUAUUACCGGACCAAAGAGAAGCUUUUCCUUCGCUCCGUCACCUACAGCAACGCCAUCGAGCCAAAGAAGCGUUUCUGCCGCUUCGAUCUCACCGGGACGUGCAACGACGACGAUUGCACGUGGCAGCACAUGAGGGACUGCACCCUCACUGAGAGCCAGCUGUUUCAGGACAUCCUGUCCUACAGCCUGCCUCUGAUUGGCUGCACAGACGCCAGCAGCAGCGGUGACAUCAGCAGCGCCACAGAGAAAUAUAUGAAGAAACUGUUUGGGCCCAAUAAGGACCGGAUGGGGACGGACCAGAAGGCCGUUCUGCUCGUGAGCAAAGUCAACGAGAGACUGAGACACAUUCCUCCUUUCACCACGUGUAAAUCCCAGCGGAAAUGGAGACCUGCAGCUCAGAAAGUGAACGCACAGGGACAGGAAGAUGAAGAGCUCAACACUGUGGACGUCACCGUUCCCGUCUGUCACGACGGGCGCGUGCAGGAGCGUUGGUCGUCGGCUGAUGUCUGCGUCACGCAGGAUGAUAAGAGGUACUUCGACAGCGAGACGGAUGACAUCAGUAAUCUGGAGACCAGCGUGCUGGAGAGUCCCAACGACGUGCAGCUGUGGAUCAAACUGGCCUUCAAAUACCUCAAUCAGAAAGACACCUCUGUGUCAGAGUGUCUGGACGCGGCGCUGAACACGCUGUCCCGUGCUCUGGAGGACAACCGCGAGGACAAAGAGGUGUGGUGUCACUAUCUGACGCUGUUCUCGCGGCGCGGCAGCAGAGAGGAGGUUCAGGAGAUGUGCGAGAUGGCCGUGGAGCACGCGCCGCACUAUGACGUCUGGUGGACCUACAUGAGCGUCGAGAGCGGUUUCGAGGGGAAAGAUUACGUGUGUGGGCGUCUGAUUUCACACCUGCUGGAGGCGUCGCAUGACAUCAGGCCGGAUGUGCGCUCCUUCCAGCUGCUGGAGUCGCUGCUCUUCAGAGUUCAGCUCAGCGUGUUCACGGGCCGCCAGCACAGCGCUCUCAACAUACUCAAGAGUGCGCUACAUUCGGGCUCUAAAUCGAGCGUCGCGGAUCAUUUGACCGUGGCUGACCGUUGUCUGAUGUGGCUGUCAUAUAUCCACCUGACCCAAUUCAGACGUCUGCCGUGUCUGUACGACCCCGCCAACUCCAACCCCUCCAGAAUCGUGUGCACGGAGCCGUUCCUCAUUCCCUGGAGAACAGUCAGAGAUCUCCAAACACCUGCUGACGCCAUCAUCAGCCUGUUCAAAGAUGCUGUGAGUCGCUGCACGGAUGGGCGUUUGUCUUCCAGUGAGCAGAUUCAGGCGUGUUUCCCUCUUCAUUCAAACCUCAUUCAUCUGUACAGGACGCUGGACAGGUGUCAGGAGGCUGUUGCACUGUGUGAGCGUCUGCUGGAGGAGUGUCCGCUCUACUGCCCCCUGCUGGAGAUCACCGGGGAACUGCACGUGUCCUCGGGACGCACAGAUAAAGCAGAAGAGCUGUGGAGACGCGCUCAUUCCGACAGCGCCGGCAGCGCUCGCAUAUUCCACCAGCUCAGCAAGAGUCUGCUCGCUCAGGGUAAACACAGUGUUAUGGAAGAGCUCUUUGACAAAUUCAUGUGCUCUUUCUGUGAAACUGCACAAGAUCAGCUGAAGCCUCUGGAUGUGUUAAGUCAUGUUCUUGGUGUUCCGAGUCAAGACUUGCUGAGAGUUCCAGCCCUCAAAAGUGAUCUUCAGGAUGAGAUCAGAACUCAGCUGCCAUACCUGCAUCUCCUGCACUGUUUCUGGCAGUCUAACUAUGGCAGUGUGAGAGAAGCCAUUGAUGCGUUUGAGAAAGCGUUGGGAACUAUUACGAAGCUGGAGUUGAUUCAAAGCCUCUGGCUAGACUAUCUGUCCUUCGCCAGCACUAAGAUGUUGGCGCAGCAGCCGAGCGUUCGCGAUCUGAAGAUGUUCACGGGUCUGGUGCACCGCUGUCUGGAGACUGUGCCGAGCAGGCUCACCCUGCCCUUCAGCUCCUCGCGAUAUUGGAGCAGCUUCGGCUUCCAUAACAAGGUCGUAUCCUUCUAUUUGGGUUGUUUCCCUCAAUCCCAACAUUCCCUUAUCCUGGAAAAACUUCAGCACAUCAUGCCAACCAAUACUGAACUGGCCAUAAGGUUGCUGCAGCAGGAAUGGCAGGAUGGCAAUGUUGAACAUUUUAAAUUGCAAAGCAGAAUGUUGUGCGGUAGCGUCCCAACCUGUCUGGCCAUCUGGAAAAUAGCUAUUGCUGUUGAGAAGGAGCAAAGGCAAAGAGCAGAGGUGCAGCGGCUGUAUCAGCAGGCGCUCCAGAAACUGCCUCUGUCCGCUGCUCUCUGGAAAGAUUGUUUGCUCUUCGAGGCGGCUGAAGGAGGUAAAACUGACACAAUGAAAAAAAUAAUUGACAAGUGCCAAGAGGCGGGAGUGAGUCUAAACGAGCCGCUAGGGUUAGAGCCGAGCCAAAGCGAGUGACACGAACGGCACGUUCCCAGAGCGAGGGCGCGCGCUUCCGUUAGAGCACCAGAGCCACGCGGACACGUGCGUCCGUCUUAGCUUAGACCCGCCAGAGUCAGUAUUGCGAGCGGAAAUCCGGCGAAGACACUAUGAGCUACCCAUAAUCCAGUAUGUGGGCCUCUUUUAUCAUCAUGUACGUAAGUAUGAAUUUGUUGAUGAUGCCUGUUGCUUCCUGUUGUUUUUGAUUUGCGUCUUCUGUUUGUACACUAACACUUUUAAGUUGAUUUUUAUUUUUCUUGAACGUCGCGUCGUGGUUGUUGACGGACUGUGACUCGUUUUAAGGUGGCUUGCUUCCUUUCUCUAAAUUUACUUCAGUUUUUGUUUCGUGAAGAAUGACAUUAACUCGGCUCCAGAGUUUAAGGGCUCAACACCAAGGGUUUUUUGUUUUGUUUAUUUUUUUUUUCUCGUUUUGUUUUUUUUGUUUGUUUUUUUUUCUACUCCACCUCCAACCAUGGAUUGAAAUGGCUGUUAUUGGAAGUAUUGUGUUUCACCAGUGUCAGUGUAUUGAUGGAGAAUCUCCACAGACUGCCAAACCUCACCGACACUCACCAUGUCUGUAGUCGUGGACUCUGCGCCAAAAGACAUCUUUAAACUGUUCAUGUAAUAUUGUUUCUUCACAAAUUAAAAA